ACUCUCAGUUUGAAGGGAGGAACAAAAAGGGACGUCUCUUUAGACAUUGGGAGCCAUGCAUCGUGUGUGUGGAAUAUUUGUAUUCUUCAGUUUAUGCCUGACUUUCUUCACACCACCAUGUGAAGGAGGAAACAUUCUGAUUUUUCCUCUCGACGGCAGCCACUGGAUCAAUAUGAAGAUUCUGCUUGAAGAACUUCAUGCCAGGGGACACAACAUGACCGUGAUCAGAGCCCCUAACAGCUGGUACAUCCCAGAAAAGUCUCCUCUCUACACUUCCAUUACACUUGAAAUGGAUGAGGGUUUAGAUAACUUUUUUGAUGUGUACUUAGAGGAACAUAUGACGGCCCAGAGAGAAGGAGCUUCAUUGCUGACUUUCUUCAAGCUCACCACACAUUUCCUGUCUAUGAUCACUGAGGUUCAUGCAAUCUGGGUUGAUGCUUUGAUUCAAAUUUUUGAAAACCAGAAUUUGGUGAAAAGUUUAAAAGAUUCCCAAUAUGAUCUGGUUCUCACUGAUCCAGCCAUAGCACCAGGGGUUGUAUUAGCCAAAUAUCUCAAGCUGCCCUUGGUGCUCAAUGUGCGCUGGAUCACCAGUGGAGAAGGUCACUUUGUGUUGGCCCCCUCGCCACUCUCUUAUAUUCCUGUGCCAGGAUCUGGGUUAACAGACAAAAUGGAUUUCAUCCAGAGGGUCAAAAACAUGCUUUUCCAUGGCAUCAUAUUGUUCCAGGAAAAUAUUUUGGUGGGGCCUAUUUAUGAUGCUAUGUGUGAUAAAUAUAUCGAUGGUGGUUGCAACAUCGUCUCACUGCUUCAGGAAGCAGAUAUUUGGCUGUUCAGGUCAGAUUUUGUGUUUGAUUUCCCCCGACCCACGAUGCCAAAUGUCGUCUACAUUGGAGGGUUCCAGUGCAAACCAGCCCAGCCUCUACCAGCAGACUUAGAGAAGUUUGUUCAGAGUGCUGGGGAGCAUGGAGUGAUCAUCAUGACAAUGGGAACUAUGGUUAACGUGUUACCCAAAACUCUUGCUGAUGACGUUGCCAGUGUCUUUUCCAAGAUGCCCCAAAAGGUGAUAUGGAGAUAUAAAGGGGACCCCCCUUCUACACUGGGCAAUAACACUCUUAUAGUAGACUGGAUGCCACAGAAGGAUCUCCUGGGUCACCCACAGAUCAAAGUCUUUGUCGCUCAUGGAGGAACCAAUGGAGUCCAGGAGGCCAUUUACCAUGGGGUCCCAGUACUCGGCAUUCCCUUGUUCUUUGAUCAGUAUGACAACCUUCUACGUCUGCAGGAAAGAGGGGCUGCAAAGAUCAUUCAACUAGCUGAUGUUAAUGACCACACUUUUGAGGAAGGUAUUAAGGAGAUUCUCUAUAAGGACAGCUACAGACAGAACAUACAAAGGUUGUCGAGUUUGCACAGAGAUCAACCUAUAAGCCCUAUGGAUCGAGCUAUAUUCUGGGUAGAGUAUGUGAUGCGCCACAAAGGAGCUCCUCACCUUCGUACAGAGGCUUAUAAGAUGCCCUGGUACUCAUACCACAGUUUAGAUGUUCUUCUUGUAUUAUUGGGUGCAGUAACUGUGCUCAUUUUCUCUAUUUUAGCUGUCUUCAGAUUUCUAUGCUGCAGAAGAGCAAGAAAGGCAAAAACUAAACAACACUGAUUGUUAUUGAAUUUACGGAGAAAUUUACGAGUUCCCAAAAAUAUUGCAUUCAGACAAAUAAAUGAAUUGGCUCUGAUUAAAACCACAGAAAAGUGAAAAAUUCUCAUUGCAACAGCAACUGCCAAUAGUUGGGUUAAAGUAGCAGUUACACAGAACUGUUCAUUAAGUUGUGGAGCUAGAAACAGUGAAAACAGGGUAGUUAGGAAAUACAUAUUUUUUUGUAAGGACACUGCUAAUGUGGGACCAGCUCUGUCUUAGUACCUUUCAGGAACCAGACUGCCUUUGAGUAUGCACAGCAAUCACCUGCAUCUGGCCCAGGUUUUAUUGGGUACAGUAUCCAAAGGUUAGUCCCUAUCAACAGUGAUCCCAGAGAUCACAACUGCAGAACCAUGGCAGUUUAUGUUUGCCCAAAGGCCAUUAAUGUGUGUGAAACAAGGGCUGACUCAUGGUUAUAUUCCACAGACGAGCUAAUAUUAUGUUUGCUGUGAACACACAGCCACACUGCUGCAUAGAGGACUUUUUGCUGCAGACUGGCCAGAGUAUCAAUACUGCAACCUGUCACUGAAAACACCUACAAUAAGUAUUUAUUAGUAAGAUUUAGACAGUGGAAAAAAGAUGAGGAUAGUUUAGUCUGAUUUAAGAUGUUUUUUUUACAUAAUGUGGAAUGCUAAAUGUGUGUGCUGUUUACUUGGGGAAGAAAAGAUGGCAGCAUUC